GUUGGAUCAUCGGCGGUAAUUUGAGGUGAAAUCUUCAGCAAAACGACGAUGAGUUCCCUGCAGCAAGUGAAUCCCCGAGUGAGACAAGACAUCACACCAGGGGCGCUGAAACCCUUUAAAGAGGUGAUUGACGUCAGCGCAGGUGAUCCCCACAGAGCGGGAUUCAAACCUGUUACAUUUGUUCGCCAGGUUUUGGCCGUGUGUCUCCUCCCUCGGCUGCUGGAAGAAGAAAGUCUUCCUCUGGACGUCAGGCGGAGGGCUCAGAGACUCCUGGAGGCCUGCGAGGGAGGAAGUGUGGGCUCCUACACGGCCUCCUCCGGCCUGCCUCACGUCCGGCGAAGCGUCGCCCAGUUCGUCACGCGACGAGACGUUGGAGUGCCGGCACGCGCCAAAGACAUCUUCAUUUCUGCCGGCUUGGAGAGAGCCCUGAUGGUUAUUUAUUUCUUUUUUAUUAAGGUGUCACCAAAACUCAUUGUCCAGAUGCACUCGGAAAUAGUUUUAUGGGCAAAUAAGGAUUAUUUUGAGCCUAAUGUCAGAGUUCUGGUAACAUGGUUCUCUCUCAUAAAUAAUCAAUUAGCGCUUCCAAAGAAAGGUAGACGGAAAAAUAAUGACGCAAACCACUUACCACAAGGAUGGCGGGUCAAAGUUAAGCCAGCGACUUGUUGUGUGAAGGUGUUUGUUAAGCUGCUUGCCGGUGGGGAGGAGGAGACCCGGGCAGGCGUGUUGGUCCCGGUGCCCGGCCCACACACCCUGCCGGCUCUUCUGGACCAGGCCCGGGUGACGCUGGCGCCGUACCGGCUGGCCGAGGCCCGGCGCUGGGCCGUGGAUCUGGACGAGCUGCACCGAGCUUUAAGGAGCGCUCGGGAGCGUUGCAGACCCAGAGCCGUUUACAUCAGCAACCCGGGGAACCCCACAGGUCAUGUGCAGGACUGGGAAUCGAUAGAGGAGGUGAUCCGGUUUGCAGCUGCGGAGCGGCUUCUACUGUUGGUUGAUGAGGUGCACCAGGACAGCGUGUAUGGACCGGGCCGGGAAUUUAUUUCCUACAAGAGAGUUCUGUUUGAGAUGGGCGGGGAGUACUCGGACACAGUGGAGUUGGUCUCCUUCCACUCUUUAGCCAGCGCCCACAUGGGAGAGGACGGCCUGCGGGCGGGAUACAUCGAGCAACGCAACGUUGACCCGGAGGUGAUGCGUUUCGUUGACACUAUGCUGUGUACCGAUAUCAGCACUCCGGUCACAGGACAGCUGGCUCUGGAUCUCAUGGUCGACCCACCAAGACCCGGCGAGCUUUCCUUUGACACGUACCGCCAGGAGAUUCUGCUGACUCGGGCUGUUUUGUCCCAGAACGCUCAGCGAGCUCAGGAGUUCCUGAAUGAUCUACCAGGGAUGAGCUGUCAGCCAGCGAUGGGGGGAAUCUACCUUUAUCCCCGCCUGCACUUACCGCCCGAGAUUACAGAGAAGGCCGAGAUGUUGAAGGUGCAGGCAGAGGACCUGUAUUGUCAGAUGUUACUGGAGGAAACGGGUGUGUUUUUAGGAGCCGGCUGUCAGUACGGAGAGACAGCAGCCAACUACCAUCUGCGGUUGUGCGUUCUUGUUCUUCCUGACACCCUGGAGGAGGUCCUGGCUCGCCUCGCCUCUUUCCACCGUCAUGGACGCGCUUCCUCGCCCUGAGCGGCCCGCGAAGGACAGAGACAAGGGGAACAUUUUAAGACCCACACGCGUAGCCCCUAAGGACGGAUCCUUCGCAUUUACGGCUCUGUGACUGAUUUACACCUUUGAAACAUGAAAUCAUUUCUUCUGCAAACUAAAGAAAUUAAAUCGUUAAAUGUUUCUUCAACAUAUAGGCUACAAUGCAUAAAAGCUAAAAAAAAAAAUCUAAUUUGAUAUAGUUUAAAUAGUUCUUUGUUAGAAAGAAAAAUGUUGAAACCGAAAGAGUCAGUGGGAUUCAUCCCCUGGCGACCAUCAAUAUCUUUACAAAUUGGCACUAAAUUAAAUGUGUUGGGCGGCACGGUGGCGUGGUGGUUAGCACUGUUGCCUCACAGCAAGAAGGUCCUGGGU